AUGAUGGACAGCCAUCAGCAGCUCGUACUCGCCACAAUGAUGCAGCUUCAGUAUCCAUUUGAGGGAUUCUCCCAAGAAGCACGAACUAAUGAAGGAGAUGCAUCACCGUCACCGGACAGACGAAUGCGACGGAAUCGCACAGCAUUCAGUGAUGAACAAUUGGAUCAACUUGAAAAAACCUUCGAUCAAUGUCAAUAUCCGGAUAUCGCUCAACGAGAGAGACUUGCUAAACUGACUCAACUUCCAGAAGCUAGGAUUCAGGUAUGGUUCAAGAAUCGUCGUGCAAAGCAACGAAAACAUAUGAGAAAUCAAGGUGGCGACGAAAAAUCUUCUCCUCCGUUACCUACCACUUCGACACCCAAGGAAAAUACAAUAUUCACAUGGACUCCAAGUACCGCCUUUGCGAAUUUCUUCCCUCCUCAGACGACAUGUUAUGGGCAGUAUCCGAUGUUUAUGCCAUAUCAUCAGAAUCCCGUCCAUUUCCAACACAUUCCUCCACCAUUCAACACAUGA